CCCAUUUGGUAGAUCCAUCCGGGACCGGGAUGAGACACGUGCCUCUUGUGACGUCAUUCACCCGCGGCCUCUUAAACUUUCCCUUUGUAGACGCUUAGGUGUUCUUGACAAUAAUGUAGUACAACUGUUGUGACCUGAUCUUCGUCCGUUUGCAUUUCUACCUCACUGUACUAUUUUGCAACCUCUCGUCAAAGACAGAUAUCACCAGCGCAUCCCGCAGAUCACAAUGUACAUCCCUACGCCUCAGUCUCUUCUCGUCUCGGCGCUCGCCAUGACUGGUUCAAUGAUGAAGCCCUCCAAGGUCGUCUCUGGUAGCGUGACGGACUACGCCGUUGAGAAAUGUCUCGAUGACGAUGGCACCACUCGAUGCUCCAAGCCAUUCCUCGUCUCUAAAUCCACCUGCUACGAGAUCAAAUGGUCAACCGAUGGAAUUCUUUCUCAUACCACUGCUGAGGUCCGAGAUGCUGGAUCCAACGAGAUCGUCUACUACCGAGACACAGAUGGUCAAUGGACCCCUGAAAAGGGAGAGCUCGUCUACCUCGACUUCAAGCCCAAGAUCGCUGGUCAGGGCAACAAGACGGUCGACUACACCGUCAAGACAUGCGAAUAGGCGAUUAGGCUCCCCAGCUUUAAUUUGAUGAGAAUUCGUACACAUAGCAUGUAGCGUUCACUGAGGAUGUCAUCUGAUUGUUGUCCUAUUCGACAUGCCGACGACCAGAGCUGACUG